AUGGAUUCUGAGGCCGCCAUUGAAAAUGGGGAUUGCAAGCCCACUCGUGCUCGUGCGCCCCACCGCGCUCCUUUUGGGAUUCCCCGGCCGGCCUGGUGUGGGCCACACCCUGCUCGCCUCCAGCGCUGCCAUUUGCUGCUGCCGACGGGUGUGUCGACCACUUCGCACCCUCAAAAUGGGGAGACGACUGAUGCUGCGAUGGCACAACAUUCGGUCCCACCUGACUCCGCUCCCAUUUUGUGA